AUGGCAGUGCCAGGAGCAGGAGACCCUCCAAAUGCUAAGAGUGGAAAGGGCCCAGUGGCUCAGCGUAUCGACCCAACUCAGGAAAAAUUGACUCCCACGCAGCUGCAAUUCAUGCAGCAGGUGCAACUCGCCCAGUGGCAGAAGACACUGCCACAGCGGCGGACCUGGAACAUCGGGACAGGCCUGGGCAUCCGGGCCCUAGUGCUUGCUAUUUAUGGCUACACCUUCUACUCAGAGUCACAGGAACGUUUCCUAGAUGAACUAGAGGACGAGGCCAAAGCUGCCAGAGCCAGAGACAUGGCAAGAGCGUCGAGCUCCUGA